UAUUAUGUAAACAUUGCAAGGAUUGUAAAAUGAAAAAUGAGAUCAUACCGAAAAAUGCACCGUAAUUGAGUGAUUUUAAAUAUUUUGAAAGUAGUCGAAUCUAGACUCUAGUCUAGAUCUGAGCGGUAAGCCGUACAGUAAUAAAUAGACUUUUUUAAAAAGUUGUAUGUUGAGCUGAAUUUGAUAAAACUUUGAGAAGCUGAGAAAACGUUGAGGCUGACAAUGGAAGUCUUAGUGGAAGAAACAGACAUUGCUGAUAAAGAGCCGAGUGGGAGCCAUCAUAUAUUAACAGCUGAUGGAAGAUUUAGCAGUUCUUGGGAUCCAUGGAGAAAGCCAAGUUUUGCAAGCUUGUUAAAAUUUUUGUUCAUGCGAAGUGAAGAUAGUGUUCCAGAUAGUGUGAGUCUGGAAAAGACAUUGCCAAUUAUUAAAGCAGAUGUAUCCCAAUUUGACAAAUCACCUGACUCAGGCAUCCGACACAUGUGGAUUGGUCAUGCUACUUCACUUGUCCAGUUUGAUGGUGUUACAUUGUUGACUGAUCCAAUAUUCAGUAACCGAUGCUCACCAUUUCAAUGGUUAGGUACUAAACGGUAUAGGCCACCACCUUUAACCAUUGACCAGUUGCCGAAGAUUGACUGUGUCCUCAUUAGUCACAACCAUUACGAUCAUCUGGAUAUAAACAGUGUCAAAGCUUUAAAUGAGAGGUAUGGAGAAAGCCUGACGUGGUAUGUUCCUUUAGGACUUAAACAAUGGAUGAAUGACAGUGGCUGCAGCAAUGUGAUAGAGUUACAGUGGUGGCAGGAACACCUCCACAGUACAGAGUCUCAAGUGAAAAUGGUGUGCACACCUUGUCAACACUGGUGCAAGAGGACACUGAAUGAUGACAAUAAAGUACUUUGGUCAAGCUGGUGUGUGUUGGGGCCAAAACAUAAAUUUUACUUUGCAGGAGAUACUGGCUAUUGCAAUGUGUUUAAGGAAAUUGGGAAAAAAUAUGGACCUUUUACUUUAUCUACUAUACCAAUUGGUGCCUAUAGUCCAAGGUGGUUUUUGAAACAUCAUCAUGUAGAUCCAUCUGAAGCAGUUGACAUUCACAUUGAUGUCAAGUCCAAAAAGUCUAUUGGUAUUCAUUGGGGAACAUUUGUGCUGUCAAAAGAAUUUUAUUUGGAACCCAGAGAAAAACUGAAAGAAGAGUUAGAGAAAAGAGGAAUGACAUUAUCCUCCUUCAUAACAGUCCAUCAUGGUGAUGUUCUAGUUACAGACUAAAUGUAUGAAGCUUGUUUAUUCAAGAGAUUGAAAUUCUGCAGGACUGUAUUGUUCAUGUAAAUGUUUAAUGUUUUACAUUUUUUAUUUAUUAUAGUCCAAUGCUAUUUUUGUAAGGUAUAUAAUGUAAACAAAUGUCUAUUUAUUUAUUAAUAAUAACCUUUUAAACUGCCUGGUCACAUGGUUUGCAGUCUGGACUGUUGUCUCGAUGGUCCUGGGUUUAAAUCCUGCCUACCUUCAUCUCCCAACCAUCCUGUGAGGGUUCUCAUUAAUAAUAAUAAUAAUAAUAAUAAUCUUUAUUGUACGUGAGGAAAUUUGACUUACAAUUUGCACAUUAC